AUGCCCGCCGAUAUCUUCUUCGAGUCCGAUGACUCGGAAUUCUCCGAGACCGACUGGUCCGUCCAUGGCCGCAAAGGUCGUGCCUCGACCCGUCGACGAUCAGUCUCUCGCCCUCGUCGCACCGAGGUGCGAGAAACCCUCACGGUGCCAAUGCAGUCUACACGAGUCACGCGGUCCUCUUCAACGGGUGGUCGCCGACACCGCGAUCGCAGCGCAGUCCCCGCCGUCAUGAUCGUCAACGAGCAGGCUCAGCGGACCGAUAACAGCAACACCAACAAGCCCCGCCGCGUGCAGCAAAAGGUUAUCGACCACGACUUUGACGAGGAGGUGGUCACGUCCCGUCGUCGUGCCGCGACCGGCGUCUCUCGUGAACCGUCCCCGUUCAUCCAUGAGCGCGAUACCGAACUCGCUCUGAACCAGAAGCUCCUCGAGAAGAGUGACCUCCGUCAAGACUUGGAGAUCUGGAAGCAGCAGCAGGAGAUCGAGCGACUGGAGCGGGAGCUGGAGAAGCACCGUGAGCGGGCCGAGCCGCGGGAUCCACGCGAGUCACGGCUGCUGCGCGAAGAAGAAGAGUGGUAUGAGGAUGAGAUCAGUGAUCGACUGCGUCGACUGGAACGCUUCGAGCGCAAGAACCGUGCUGAAGAAGAGCGGCGCAACUUGGAGAAGGACUGGCGUCUGAAGAGACUCGAAGAAUCGGAGCGCGAGGCUGCCGAGAGAAAGGCCUGGCGACUGAAACAACUCGAAGAACACGAGAAAGAGGCCGCCGAGCGGGAAGAAUUGAAGCAGAAAAUCCGCGAGGAAAAGUUGAAAGAGAUUGCUAAGCAGAAGGAGGAAGAGGAAGAGCGCGAGAGGCUGCGGAAGGAGUUCAUCGAGGAGGAGCGUCGCAAGGCACAAGAGGCCGAGGAAAAGAAGAAAAAGGAGCAGGCGAUGAAGGCUGCUGCGAUUGAGGAGUGGAAGCUUGAGCAGGAGCGUAUCAAGCAGAGGCAGAAGGAGGAGGCGAUCAAGAAGGACAAGGAGUUCCGAGAGCGCCUGCGCCUUGAGUUUGGGUACACUGAGGAAGAGAUCGAGCAGAUCCUGAACAAGAAGAAAAAGGCGGAGAAAGAGAAGGAAAAGAAAGAGAAGAAGGAGGAGAUCAUCGAGGAGAAGACUACUUGGAUUAAGGUCCACCGCAAGCAUCUCCUCCCCGAAACCCUUUUGGCCUACAACUUGCCCUGGGACUGGGACGAGCGCGAUAGCAACUACAUCAUCAUCAAGCGCUGGGUUACCGAAGACUUCCAAGAAGAGCUCUUCGCCCACACCCGCCGUAUCCGCGAAGGCAAGCUGGUCGCCCAAACCUCCAGCUCCACCACCGAACUCAAGAUCAACGACCGCAACAAAGACAAGAUGUAUCUGGUUCGGAAGAAGAGCCCGAGCCGACGGCUGCGCAUCUUCGCAUAA